ACCGCACAGCACCGUGCAGCAGUCGGGAGAAAAGCGUUGCAAAAUAAAUAGAUCUAGUCCUUGUCGUAACAAUGUGCGGAGGUUUUACCUGCUCCAAGAACGCACUGAUUGCGUUGAACAUCCUCUACGUGUUGUUUGGCUUCCUGCUGAUCGGAGUCGGUGUGUACAGUCGGGCAGCAUCGAUCGUCACCAAUCUGCCAAUCAUCGGCGGUAUCCUGGUAUGCGGCGUCAUACUGAUCCUAAUUUCCGUGCUCGGGCUAAUUGGCGCUAACAAGCACCAUCAGGUCAUGCUGUUCUUCUACAUGAUCAUACUGUUCCUGUUGUUCUUGGUUCAGUUUUCGAUCGCGUGCAGCUGCCUGGCCGUCAGCUCGGAUCGACAGCAGCAGUUCGCCAAGCAAGGUUGGUCGUUGGCGCCGAUCGAACUCAAGAAAGAAGUCCAAGAUAAGUUUCUCUGCUGCGGUUUCAACGCAUCCACACCGUUGCACGGCGACGACGAUGGGUCACAUCCGUCCUGUCAGCAGGUGAACCAGGUGUGCUGCCCCGCAAUCGGUCCCACGGACUGCCAGUGUCCGCCGUGCAGUGUGAAGCUCGAGAACAACAUCGACUAUGCGUUCCGCCUGACCGGUAGCAUUGGAUUAUUCUUCAGCUUCACUGAGUUUGCUGGUGUUUGGCUUACCGUGAAAUACCGCAACCAAAAGGACCCCCGCUGUAACCCGAGCGCGUUCCUCUAGAUCAUCGCUAUUUUCCUGACGCGCCACUAUCGCAACUUGCAGGAUCCUGAUCACCUUCCGGCACGGGCCAUUUUUCCACACAGUAACUACGUUUAUUGAAUCGCAAAAUGCAAAUUGCGCGACAAAAUGACCGAAGCGUGGUUAAGAUGGCAAUGUCAAACGCGCUGAGGAUUGUGAUAGGCCAACGAGAUCAUUUCUGCAGCAUCAACGACUCUCUAAUCAUCACUCUGUGAUGCAUUGUGCUGUGUGUGUGUGUGUGAGAGAGAGAGAGUGUGGCUGCGUAAUCAUGUUUUCCAAAGAUUUUUUGAAGGGGUCCGGCCAAACGACUUCCCUCCUAGACCGGAUGCAAUUAGAUGCUGUCGAACUUACGGCCCAGUCCAACAAUCUCACUUAUGUUCGUGACAGACCCAUGGCAGCAUUUCUUUUUCCCUCUUAAAGAACGGGUUGGAUCGGGAUUUACUAUGGUAGCAUAUGGUAGGCAUUAUUAUUACGACGCCGCAUUGGCUUUCUUUUCAUGGAGUGCAAUCAGUGACUGUUAUAGUUUUUUGUUUUUUUUUAGCCAAUUGUGUAUCGAUGUGAUCUAUUAUAUUAUCAGUUUUAAAAAUAGCGUAUGUAGAUCUUACAAGGAUAUAAAAACCACCAGGUCAAGUAAACACAGUAAAUUUUCUAAAACUAAACGAGAUAAACAUCGAUGAGCUGUGGUACAGUAUCAAGCAGUCGAAACAUUUCAUAAACAGAUUGCGGUACAGAGCUGAUUUUAGUUAAUUUUUCUCUGCCAAUUAUUUUAGUCUAUAUGGAACGUGCGUGUCACAUAUCGUAUAGUGUGUAAACUAAAGGCUGGACACAGUUAUUCAUCGUAGACAUCGCAUCAGUGUUACUAUAUACUCGCAAAGUGGUAGCACUGUGGUGGUGGUUGCAUAAUGUGUGUAUCUCCAUUUCUUGUCAAUACCAGCCCAUUUUAGGAAGUUCUAAUGCUCACUGGUUUAGCUCAAUGAUAGCGUAUCAACUGGCUCAAUAUAUCUAUCGAAUUAGAACGACUUUCACGACUCUGUGCAAUAGGGUCGAUGUGCGUGAGGGCACAAGUAGAAGCAAAACAAUCUCUAAAGCAGUAGCUCGAUCUAAUUGAUGUUCGUGAAAUCAAUGUUUCGUCACCAUCCAGAAUGUGACGCUUUCCACUACUUAAGAAGAUCUAACUUGAAUUGAAUACUCCAACGCGCUCCAAAUAAUUUUAUCGUAAUUCGCGCUUUCGUUUGAAAUGGAUCUUACGAGCAGUGUUAAUAAUCCAACCAACAUCACAUUACCUAUUAGUGGCAUGUGCAAUUUUGUUUGACUUUUUUUUUCUCACAACACAAUAUCUUUUAUUUUUCCUAUAUAUUUUGCUUUGCUCGGCUUAGUCACGGUUUAGAUAGAAAAAAGAAACUGCACUGUUGAAAGUCCUCACUCCGCAAUACUCCACUUAAUAUGUGACUAUAAGGCGCGUUAAGACAAGCUAUGAAAGAGUCUGAAAUACAUA